CAGUGGAUGCUUUGUGGCUGUGCGCAGGACAAACUGGGCAAAGUCAGGGACACACUCAUGGGGCAGUUUGCGGAUGAUCUGAAAAAGGAAAGAAUGAAGAUUUGUAAACAAGGUCCCAUGGUUUAUGUCUAGAAAAACUAAAAUUCAUCUGCAGCAUGUAUCAGAUUGUCCCAGUGGCUCCUGGGGAGCCGCAGCUGGAUGGGUCGCCUUUGAAGAAAAAGCCAGGUUAUGAAGGCCGGCCGAUGGUGCUGGCUGGGCUGUUGGGUUGUAUGCUCGUGCUAGCGGCUGUAGUCGCCUGGUGUUACUACUCAGCUUCUCUGAGAAAGGCCCAGCUGCUGAACACUGAGCUACUGCAGCUGAACAGAGAUGGCUUCAUCAUCCGGAACCAGGCGGGGGCUGUCAUCUUCACAAUGGCAUUCAGGUCUGGCACUGUAGAUUUGGAUUCAUGCUCAAAAGAGAAAAAUAUUCUGAGGUGCACUCGUUCAAACACUGGAAAGCUGAACUUUUUUAUACAGACCAUUCAACCCAAAGACACAGUAACAUGCUACCGCGUACGCUGGGAGGAGCUGGAAGAUAAAGCACUCGUAGAACAUGCCAUGGGCUGUAAUGCCUCUCAUUGGUACGGAGGGGCAGAGCUGGCAACGCAACACUGGCCCAUAAAGAUCCAAGGCGAGGAGGAACCACGUCCCUUCAUCACUAGCGACGUGUACUCUAAGAGAAAUUCUUUUGGAGGGAUUUUGGAGCGUUACUGGCUUUCCUCAAAUGCAACAGCCAUCAAGAUCAAUGAUUCAGUGCCGUUUCACUUGGGUUGGUCAGAGAAGGACAGAACCCUGCGGUUUCAGGCACGAUACCUGGACUCUCCGUUCAGACCAGAGGAAGGGCAGCAGGCUGUGCCAGAGCUCAGCUACAGAGUGUGUGUGGGCUCUGAUGUCACCUCUAUUCAUAAAAUUAUGGUACGAAGGUAUUUUCCAAAACCCAUUAAGGUGCCAUCUCCUGAAGUGUUCAUGCACCCGCUGUGGUCCACAUGGGCUCUCCACAAGUCCGCCAUCACUCAGGAGAAACUUCUUAAGUUUGCCUCAGACAUCUCUAAGCAUGGAUUUACAUCUUCACAUUUGGAGCUUGAUGACCGUUACACAGCCGACUAUGGCGAGUUUGACUUUGACCCUCAAAAGUUUCCCAAUGCCACUGGUAUGUUUGACAAACUCAGAGUGGAUGGGUUUAAGGUGUCGCUGUGGACUCACCCUUUCAUCAAUUAUGAUUCUAUAAAUUUUGGCACUGCUGUGGAAAAAGGGUUAUUUGUACGGGAGCCUGGAGGGGAACUUCCUGCCCUAGUUCGAUGGUGGAAUGGCAUUGGAGGGAUUUUGGACUUUACUAACCCAGAAACCCGUGAGUGGUACUCCUCACACCUUCAUACGCUUAAAAAUCGCUAUGAGAUUACUUCCUUUAAGUUUGAUGCAGGGGAAACAAGCUAUCUUCCACGUCAGUUUAGCACAAUGGUCCCACUGUCUGACCCUUCGACCUUUACCCGGCGCUACAGUGAGAUGGCGUUACCAUUCAGUGAGCGCGCUGAGCUGCGAGUGGGCUAUCAGAGUCAGAACAUCUCCUGCUUCUUCAGGAUCAUUGAUAGAGAUUCAGUGUGGGGUUACGAGCUGGGGCUCAAGUCCAUCAUUCCCACAGUUUUAACCAUCAGCAUCCUCGGAUACCAGUUUGUCUUGCCUGAUAUGAUUGGAGGGAAUGCCUAUCCAAACCGCACUGCAGGUGUGGGUGAAAAUCGUGGCCUCCCCGACAGAGAACUCUACAUCAGAUGGUUGGAAUUGUCUGCUUUCAUGCCAGCUAUGCAAUUUUCUAUUCCACCUUGGGAAUAUGACAAAUCGGUUGUGGAAAUAGCACAGAAGUUCACUGAGCUCCACAAGACACUCGUGGCCCCAAGGGUGCUGGAACUUGCAGGGGAGGUUCUUGAUACAGGAGACCCGAUUAUAAGGCCUUUGUGGUGGAUUGCCAACAACGAUGAGGCUGCCUUCAAGAUUGAUUCCCAGUUUCUGAUUGGCGAUGAUUUAAUGGUGGCCCCAGUGCUUGAGCCAGGGAAGCAAGAAAGGGACAUCUACCUGCCAGCUGGAAGGUGGCGAAGCUACAAGGGUGAGCACUUUGAUAAAGGUCCUAUUUACCUCACAGACUAUCCUGUGGACCUAGACGAGGUGGCCUACUUUACAUGGGUGGACUCAAGUAACUGAGGGACUGCACAAACAUAGGUUUAUUUAAGACAUUCAGCCUAAACUUGCCCUCAGUUUCUGCACAUGCAAAUAGAAUGCAAUUAUGGCACUAAUUAUUAAUUCUGUUAAUGCAUUUUUUCUGUUAUUUGUUUGUUUGGCUGAUUAAUUUGGGUCAAAGCUGCCUUUCACAUUCUUCCAUCCUAUUAAUAUUAAACUAUACUGUAAGUAGCCUCUAGCGUAUACAACCUUAUCUAUAUCUUGUGUGGUCACUUGUGACUUGAAUACUCUGGUAAUUGUAGUCCCGAGUGAAGCCAUAUUAGAUUUGUGCCUGUAAUAGAAAGGUGAAUGUUUUCCAAGGAUCUUCAUGAAAUUUGAACCUGCAUUAUUUAAUGUUGCCUGCACUAUUCUAAAAUGAAGAGUUAUUUUUUAAAAGGGAAUUUGAAAUUGCAUUUAUUUAUUUUCUGUAGAAGUUUAACCUUUUACACUUACUACUGAAUUUAUUUUUUUGACUUGAUGCCAUACAUCCAUGUGCCAUCCAUUCCUGCCUUAUAUUUUGAAAUAAGAGAAUGCAAUAUUUUAUGUAACUCUGGCUGUGCCAAAUCAAAGUUUGUUGUAAAUACAUGUUGUACAUUACCUUUGUUAACUUUAGUGGAACACUGGAAAUAAAAGGUCCUGUUAAACUUUCAA